AUGUCGUGGGUAACAAAUUCUGACGAAAGCGGGUAUUACAUGCCGCAUCACGCGGUGAUAAAAAAUACAAACAAUACUACGAAGGUGCGAGUAGUGUUCGACGCCUCUGCUAAGUCUGACAAUGGCGUAUCGUUAAAUGACGUGUUAAUGACGGGUCCAAGCAUACAAGAUAAAAUAAUAUCACAUUUGAUUCGGUUCCGUACGUACAAUUAUGUUAUAACAGCGGAUAUAGAAAAAAUGUAUCGCCAAGUGCUAGUACAUGAACAGGAUCGACACUUUCAACAGAUUCUAUGGCGUAGAGAUGAGGACGAAUAUCAAUCAUUUCCUAAGGCGACCGGAGUUUUAAAAUCACACUUAUAUGUAGACGAUUUAUUAACCGGUUCCGAAACGAUCAAAGAAGCCCGAAUAAUACGAGACGAUAUCAUCGCGUUGUUAGCACGGGGCGGUUUUACGAUAAGACAAUGGGCAUCGAAUGAUGAACGCAUAAUCCAUGACUUAGAGUCUACCGCGUUGCACGAGAAUUUCACUAUCCGCAUUGAUCGUGAUCUAAAAACACUAGGCAUCACAUGGAGCGCGAAAAACGAUAAAUUAUAUUACGCAACAAGAUCAAUCGAGAUCACGGAAAGGGUGACAAAGAGAAAGGUAUUACCAGAAAUCGCAAAAUUUUACGAUCCGUUGGGUUUAGUAGGACCAGUUGUCUUGUAUAUCAAAAAAUUAAUGCAAGACGUGUGGCGUAGCGGUGUACAUUGGGAUGAAUCCAUUCCGCAAAGGUAUCACGAUGUGCAAUUGCAUGGUUUUUGUGACGCCAGUAGUAUCGGCUACGGGGCAUGCAUAUACAUACGUUCAUCUAAUAAUCAGAAAACCGUGGCAAAAUUGCUAUGCGCGAAAUCGCGAGUUGCACCCUUGAAAACCGUCACGAUUCCACGACUCGAGCUGUGCGGUGCAUUAACAUUAGCACAGUUAUUUCGGGAAGUAAAAGAGGAAAAUCCUGCCGACGCUAUUUCGAGGGGUCAAUUGCCACACGAUUUUUUGCGAAAUCAAACAUGGUUUACGGGACCAUCAUGGUUGAGCAAGGAUGAAGUUGAAUGGCCCAACGAAAUUAUUCGGAUACCCGAAAUACCCGAAUUAAAAAAGAAUGCUUGCCUAAUUUCCGAACAUACUAAGUUUGAUAUCCUCGACAGAUAUUCUUCUUAUUCCAAAUUAAUCAGAAUCGUUUCAUACUGUCUCCGGGUCCGUCAUCCAAAUAAACACACAGGGGUCUUACAAGCGGAAGAGAUUAAUAAAGCAGAAAUACGCGUGCUAAAAAUAUUGCAAGCUGAUCAAUUUUCUGAUGAAAUUAAAAGAUUAAAUGGAGCUUCGACUAACAAGAGUAAAUUCGCCAAUUUAAAUCCGUUUAUUGACGAGUACGGUUUAAUUCGCGUGGGAGGACGUUUGCAAAAAUCAGACCUCACUUUCGCGCAAAAACACCCAAUUCUGCUUCCCAGUCGACACAGCCUGACCGAUCGCAUCAUACGCGAAAUUCAUGAGAAGCAUUACCACACAGGCAUACAAACCACGCUUUACAUUCUUCGGCAAAGAUUUUGGUUACCGGACGGCCGUAACCAACCGCAUUACGCCGAUUCGCUGCGAGGCGAGGUUUACCGGAACGUAUACUCGGAUAAUGGUACUAACUUUGUUGGCGCGAACAAUCAGUUGAAGGACCUAUAUGCCGUAUUUAAUUCGAACGAACACAAAAAAUUAUUACAACAAUAUGCGAGUGAUCGCCGUAUCACCUGGCAUUUUAUACCGCCAACAGCACCCCAUUUCGGCGGGCUAUGGGAGUCUACCGUAAAAAGUUUCAAACACCAUUUCAAACGAGUAAUUGGUGAUUCCUUGUUUACAUUCGAGGAAUUAAAUACGUUCGUUGUAGAAGUCGAGGGUAUUCUAAAUUCGAGACCAAUUACAUCUAUUUCGUCCGAUCCGAACGACUUAUUAGUACUGUCCCCCGCUCAUUAUUUAAUUGGCAAACCAUUAACCAUGUUGCCCGAAAACGAUUAUACGAGCAUUUCAGACAACCGUCUGUCCACUUGGCAACAUAUUGCUAAGGUGAGACAAGACUUCUGGAAGAGGUGGAGUCUCGAGUAUUUAAACGAGUUACAAGUCCGUCGCAAAUGGAUCAAACAGGGACAGCGUUUCGAGAUUGGAGCCGUCGUACUUAUCAAGGACAAAACAGCUCCGUGCGCAUAA